AUGAUUCAAGAGCUCUUGGGGAGUGGCCUAAUUAGUGGAGAAAGGAGGAUUAAUCCCAUCACCACCAAUGGAACCGUUCUACAUGCCACACCAACACCACCUCAUACUUAUUCUCACAACCAUCACUCUUCUCCAUCCCCUUCUUCAGCAACAACUACACCCACCACCACCACCACCACCAUUGGAGAGCACCUGAGAUGCCCUCGUUGCGAUUCGUCCAACACCAAGUUCUGCUACUACAACAACUACAACCUCACCCAGCCUCGCCACUUCUGCAAGACCUGCCGCAGGUACUGGACCAAAGGUGGCGCCCUGAGGAACGUUCCCAUCGGCGGAGGAUGCAGGAAGAACAAGAGCACGCUCAAGAGCCUGGCGGUAGGGUUUGGAAACUCAUCAUCGUCCCCGUCACUUUUCGGUGCUAGUUUGUACGAUCUCCAUCAUCAUCAUCAUCAAGUAGACCUCCCAUCUAGCCCUAUCCUAUGGGGAUCAGCUUCCCCACAAAACAACUCCCACGGCCACCACUUCCUCUCCUUGUUGAGAUCAUCACCAAACCCUAACCCUAACCCUAACCCUAGCUCCAUCCCUACACCACCACCGGCUUCCUCAGCGGUUAAGGACGAGCACCCAAAUGGUAUCAUCGGCAGCUUGUUCGGGACAACUAGUACCUCUCCUACAACCAGCCACUUGAAGAUGUUCGAGCCGCCUCGAACCCUAGCCGGGUGGGACACGUCAUCAUCGGUCAACAACCACCAGCAGCAAGCCACUUUGCUUGGUCUUAAUAACUAUCCUCCAAUUCCAAUGUGGACGGGCGACAGCAAUGGAAACGGCUACCUAGUUGGCAGCGAUGAACCGCAUCAUAAUAAUAAUAAUACAGGGAUGCAGGAAGUGUACCAAAGGCUGAAGGCUUCCACUAGUACAAGUGGUUAUGAUGUUUUCAACGAGAAUAAUAACGUGGGUUCUACUUCUUCUUGCUUUUCGUCGGCGGGGGUUGCUUCAUCUUCGUCAACGGUGGCCGGAGGAGGAGGUGGCGGGUUCUCGGGUUACAUCUGGAAUCCGGCAGCUUUUACAUCUUCUACUGCUACCACCACUACUGCUGCUUCAUGGUCGGAUCUUCCCACCACCGCAAAUAAUGGUACCGCUUAUCCCUAA